CUAUUAAAUCUCCGACUUCCGAGCGUUCAAGACAACUGGGAAAUCGGAAAAAACGAAAGACAACUGGGGAAAACCUUUUGAACGGCCGACUUUCCGAACUGAAGAUCACUGAGUCAAAAUUCUUCUAGUCAAGCACAUCGCUGUCCCCUGCCUGACAUCCUGUGUGUGUAAGUCAGUGGGCCAGAUGUCCUUUCCCACCCCGUUGUACUCCCAUGCGGGCCGCGGGCCUUUCACUGACGUGUACGAGCCAGCCGAGGACUCCUUCCUCUUGAUAGAUGCCCUUGAGCAGGAUGCUGACAGACUGAAGAAAAUUAGCCCCUCUGUGUGUCUAGAGGUGGGCAGUGGCUCUGGGGUGGUGUCCGCCUUUCUGGCAUCCGUGAUCGGACCUACAGCUCUAUACCUCUGUACCGACGUGAACCCCGCAGCAGCCCAAUGCACUCUGGAGACGUCUCGCUGUAACGCCGUUAGUCUGCAGCCUAUCAUCACUGACUUGGUGGACUCUCUCUUGCCAAGGUUGUGUGGAAAAGUGGACGUUAUUUUAUUCAACCCUCCUUAUGUCGUCACGCCAUCAGAAGAGGUGGGUAGCCAGGGCAUCGAGGCAGCCUGGGCUGGUGGGAGGUGGGGCCGAGAGGUGAUGGACAGGUUCUUCCCGCUGCUUCCAAAGCUACUGUCCAAUCAGGGGUUGUUUUACCUGGUCACUGUGGCAGAGAACAAUCCAGAGGAGAUCACCAUUCUGCUGAGGAAGUUUGGCCUGCAGGGAGCGCCUUGUCUGUCCCGACGAACUGGUCCAGAGAGCCUGUCUGUUCUGCGCUUCCACAGAACAACGUGAUCCUCCCUGACCCACAGAGGAGACCAUGAACCUGCUGCUCCGACCACAGCGGUUUCAGCUUCAUCUCAACAACCAUGAGUGAUCACCUGAACUUUAACAUAAAUUGAGUGAAAGCCACCGUGGGUUCAUGGGAGCAUUGGUCAAAUAAGUGACCAUGUCUCAAGACUUUAACCCAAUGCACUAUACAAAGGCUAACAGGUUGUCCAUGCUAAUGAGUGUUCAAGUCUCCUUGAACCGGUUUGUAUUGGGAGAGGAUCCAGUCAGUGUCAGUAUUGAAGACAUGUUGUACUGGUAGAAUUGACAUGCAGACUACACCGGGCACGCGCAUGUUGAUUUUAUUCAUCCACACCAGACCCCAUACGGAGACGCAGGUUAAAAUAUCUAAACGAACUCUGAACCAACUAUAUUAAUUUGGGGACAGGUCGAAACAUUCAUGGACAUUUAGCUACCUUGCUUUUGCUAGCUGAUUUGUCCUGGGAUGAAAUUAAACAUUGGGUUGUUAUUUUACCUGAAAAGCACAAGGUCCUUUUUUUCCCUGGAUCUCAGAACUCUGACCCAUUGAGUCACACACAAUUGUGUGUUCUCUACACAAUUAAUCCAGAUAAAAGGGGAAACCUAGUUAAGUAAUCUCUCCUCCUUCAGUCUUCUGUGGACUUUAUAUGGUGGUUGGCUGCCAACUUUAAGGUGCAUUACCACCACCAACUGGACUGGAGUGUGGACCUCAGUUCAGCUUUCACUCACCCACAUGGGUAUAUGCUCCUAAAAACCAAUGAGGAGAUGGAAGAGGCGGGACUUGCAGCGCGUCACGUGUCAAAAAAUAGUUAUAAUAGUUAUUUUAGCGCAUAGCUGCGCAGACACUCGUGAACAGUUUGGAUGAAAUUAUUGAUUAACGUGUACAUUUAUUUUGGAACGCAAGCGGUGUGGUCAGCAAGUGACUGACCCAAAGAUUGUCUUUGGACUCGUUUCAUUUUAGGGCUCGAUUCAAUCCAUGAUGCUUAAGCUCUGCGAUAUACCGCAGUUCAAAUGUAGAGAUCAUUUCCGAUUGAGGCAACAUGCAGCGUUUACUGUGAGUGGAUGCAGUCCCGCGUACAUGGGAACAUUGCCUUUAAAUUUCAUAUUCAGCGCUACGGAUUGAAAUGAGCCUUUAGUUUAUUGCAACAUUGUGGUUUCCACAAUCCUACCUGGGAUGCCAACUGCAGUUUUAAAGGUAUAAUUUGGUAUUUUCUGCUUUUUUGGAUGGAGGGGAGAUGGGUGAAUGAGUUCUGCUGAAAUAGCAAUGGAUUCGAACACAUGCUGCAACGGAGGCAGCAGUUUAGACCAAAGAUUGUUCACUCAGGCUGCUUACCAUUCGGAGAAAAGUGUUCCCGUCCACUUAACUCCCAUAGACAAUGCAGUAGCAUCUGGAUCUGGUCUGCUUAGUUUCACUUCAAUUUUUAAAAAAAGUGGGGUGUCUUGCUUCCUCUUCAGUCUCUGGUUAAGACUGCUCCGCCACCUUAGGCCACUCCAACUGCAGUUUUGUGGAUAUGAAAGUUGUAAGUAAAAAGUUGUUUAAAAUAGAUGUGAACAACUGUUUAUCAAGGUAUGACAUUUGUUUAUGUAGUUAAAUAUCCCCUGCAUUACUCAUAGUGUAACAUGAUGUUCAAAUGUUAUGAACAUACUUCAUGUUUGAGCAGAGUUGAAAUUGGCAGGGUUUAUGGUGAAUGUGAUCUCUACGAACGUUGGAGUAAUUGCCUUUAGUUGACAGUAACAUUGAAGGUUACCUUUAUUUUGAUAAAGGGCACCAACAACAUUCAAACGUGGCCUAGGCACUGGGAUAGGGAAUAGUCCACAGUGCCAACAGGGGGGAUGGCAAUGUCAAUGCUGCACAUUAUUAAAGCUGCUCAGUCAAUUAGAACGUGAUUAGAUGUAAUUCGUUUGGAAGGUUGGAAAACAAAAAGGUCGCAACCAGGAGUUGAACUGGGGACCUUGCGGGUUGCGUGUAAUGAUUUUUCAAACUAGUUUUCAUUGGGAAGGUGUAUAAAGCAAAACGCAGAAUCCUACUCCACGUGCUCGUUGAACAUCUCAUUCCAAAAUCAUAGGCAUUAAUAUGGAGAUGGUCCCCCCCUUUGCUGCUAUAACAGCCUCCACUCUUCUGGGAAGGAUUUCCACUAGAUGUUGGAACAUUGCUGCAGUCUCAUUUAGCCACAAGCAUUAGUGAGGUCGGGCACUGAUGUUGGGCAAUUAGGCCUGAACCGCAGUCGGGUGUUCCAAUUCAUCCCUAAGGUGUUCGAUGGCGUUGAGGUCAGGGCUCUGUGCAAGCCAGUCAAGUUCUUCCACACCGAUCUUGACAAAUCAUUUCAUACCAGUCAUCCAACAGAUUCCCAUUCAGAGCGACACACAGAAGCAUCCAGGGUCAAUGCCCUGCUCAAGGGCACAUUGACAGAUCUACCACCAGGCCAAAAAACUUUAACCCGAACCCUCCAAGAUCCCUCCACAGUUCCCCAAUAGCUGUCCCUGAACCAUUCAAGACCCCCCCAAGAAGAAAAAUAAAAUGAAUUCCAUUCCCCCAAGAACCAGCCCCAAUGCAUCAACCAUCAUGGACUAGAGGAAAAAGGAAAAGACAGGAGAAAACAGCAAAACAAACAUAAACAUUUUAAACAAAGGACAUCAAGGACAACUAAAAUCAUAACAGCAAUGCUAACUAUAUGUUUGUGUGCAUGUCUGGCACUAUUACAUGUGUGUUCUUGUGUGUGUUUAUUUGAAUGAGUGCACGGCCUCAGCCUCAGGCAAACCGGCAUUAGCUGUAAAAACACUGCCCCUCAGUGUCAGUAAAAUGUACUUUUUAUGUUUAGACUUAAAAUAAAAUAAAAAAAAUUAUCUCCCAUA